GGAAACCAGCAUGACGAGGCAGGAAGAGGCUCCGCCCACACCGGCUGACACCUGUGGAGGGUUAAUGAAGACCCCGACAGGUGGAGCGCAGGAAGAAACCCUCAAUCAUCUGCAUAGAGGCGAAUGUUUAGAGGUAGAGAUGAAGUUAGUUAGAGACAUUGGGAGGAGCUUUAGGACAGGACCCUGGGGAACACCGUCAGGACCAGGUGUAAACCUGUCUGCCAGGUAAAUGGUCUCUAAACCAGUUAGUAGACCGAUCCUGGGAUCGGGUCAUAAACACGAUUCAGGCAGGUCUGGGUCCGAGUCUGUUUGGUGUGAACCGGGUGUUUCUGUGUGUCAGGUGAGCAGGAGCCCGGCCCAGGCCACGCCUACUUCCUGCUGUACAGCGUCAGUCCGUCACUGAGCGCUGCUGGUGACGCCAGGAGCCUGCUGGUGGCGCUGCAGAGCGCUGAGGGUGAGUCGACCUGCUGAAGUGCUGAGGACGGAGCCGUGAGGAGCUCCUGGUGGAGUCAGCUGCUGCUGAUGGGGUCUAUUCCUCAUAGGGCAGCUAACCGCAGCGCCCUCUGCUGCUCAUCAGAUGAACUGUGUCUGUGUUCCAGGUGGCAGCAGAAGCAGCGCCUCUGAUCUCCCAGGUGAGGAGUCGCAGGUGCGCCCCGCCUCUUCCUCCCCUCCGACCGAUGACCAUGAGUACGCUCGGCCCCCAGCGCCACCUCCCGGCGGGGCCAAACGCUGCGGGCGGCGGCAGGCGGCGGCCCCGGGGAGCGAGGAGCUUCACCUGCAGUGCUGGCGCUGCAGCAGGCUGUUCCCCAGCGCCGAGCGGCUGGCCGACCACCACAGGAAGUCCCACCCGCUGUGCUCGGUGUGCGGCGCGGCGUUCAGCGGCGUCCUGAAGCUCCGAGAACACCAGGUGAAGGAGCACAGCCUCCUGCCGUUCGCCUGCGGCUUCUGUCCCAAGAGCUUCAACCACAAGACGCACCGCGACCUGCACGUCAAGGCGCGCCACACCGGCGAGAAGAGCUGCCGCUGCGACAUCUGCGGGAAGGGCUACGCCUGCGUCAGCGCGCUGAAGACGCACCGGGUGACGCACUUCAGCAAGACCUUUAUGUGCGAGGUCUGCGGCAAGGCCUUCCACCACGCCUCCCACCUGACGCGCCACGCGCUGGUGCACCGGGAGCCGCGGCCGUUCAGCUGCUCCACCUGCGGGCGGCGCUUCACGCAGGCCGCCAACCUGCGCAGCCACCAGGUCACGCACGCCGGAGAGAAGCAGCUCUGCUCCGUCUGCGGCAAGAGCUUCCGCUGCCUGAGGAACCACAUGAUCAGCCGUCACGCCCAGGAGCCGGCGGCGGCCGGCCUGCUGCCGCCGGCCGUCACCUGCCAGGUCUGCGGGAAGAAGCUCCCCAACCCGUCGCAGCGCAGGGCGCACCAGCGCAGCCACACCGCGGACAAGCCGUUCCGCUGCGAUGUGUGCGGGAGGAGCUACCGGCUGAAGGAGCUGCUGCGGGACCACCGCUACACCCACGGCGGGCAGAAGCCCUACCGCUGCUGCGCCUGCGCAGAGACCUUCAGCCGGGCCUCCAGCUUCCUGCGGCACCGCAGCAUCCACAGCGGCCAGGCGCCGCACAGCUGCCAGCGCUGCGGGAAGCACUUCCGGCUGCGCAGCUUCCUCCAGGCUCACCUGCAGACCAAAGCUCACCUGAGGCGGACGCAGCAGAGCCAGAGCGCCGAGCCUCCGUUAAUCCCAGAUUAGCAGCUGAGAU